UUUUCUUUGAAGUGCAUCUUUUAUUAAACAAUAAAUAUUUUUCAUAAAUAUACAUCACAAUUCAGGAAGAUCUUCAAGCCAUGGUGAAGAUUACUGAGGCAUUGGUGCGCAAGAAAUCCGAGCAUAAUGAGUGUCUCAUCAGUACGUUGGAAGAACUCUCCUUGCAUCAAGAGGACAUAGAACGAAUCGAACAUCUGCAAAACUGGUGUCGGGAUUUGAAAAUUUUGCUGCUACAAUCAAAUCUCAUUUCCAAAAUAGAGAAUUUGCACAAAUUGAAAAAAUUGGAAUAUUUGAACUUGGCCAUUAAUAAUAUCGAGCGUGUGGAAAAUCUGGAGCAGCUCGAGUCGCUAACCAAAUUAGACUUAACUUUAAAUUUCAUUGGCGAAUUAACUUCCAUCGAAUGCUUGAAAGGAAAUUAUAAUCUACGCGAAUUAAUACUCAUUGGAAAUCCCUGCUGUGAUUACCCGCACUACAGAGAUUAUGUAACGGGUACGCUGCCACAGCUGAAUAGCCUGGAUUGUGAAGAAAUCAAAAUGUCACAAAAGUUACAGGCGCAAAAGACAUUGAGUAGCCAUCGUGCUGUUAUUGUACAAAAACAAGCAAACUAUUUCAUUGAGCGAGAUGAGCAAAAGCUGCGAGUGGCACAUAAAAAGACAGAACUGGAAGCUGAAAUGGCGGAAGUCGAUGAUGAAGAUAGUCGCAUCAAGAUGUUCUGGGAUGCUAAAAGUGAGCAUUGUCCCGAGACACGCACGGAUAUAGCAAAGUAUCACAAGCUCGGCAGGGAGAAGAGGAACACCGAGCAGCAUGAUAAGAAAAUGCAUAGAACGCCAGCACUAUUUGCACCAUGCGGACGACCGUAUAAUUUGAAUCAAGCGAAAUUACCAUUCCAUUUGAGCGACGAGUACAAUGAAUACAUGUUGCAGCUGGGUAUAUACAAACACUUGGAUACAUCACAAAUCAAAGUGGACAUCGAGCCGAAUUAUGUGCGAGUUUCUGUGAAAGGGAAACUUUUCCAAAUGUCCUUUUCGGAAGAGAUCAAAACAACCGAAGCUAGCGUACAACGUUCGCAAAUAACCGGUUAUUUGGUUAUAAAAAUGCCGAAAUUGCAUGUCAACGAAAUGAUCAUUGUGCGAUCAAGGCAACAAGGAAAUAACGUUAAUUAUUCAAGCACUAAAGAAGGAAAAGGCCAAUCGGAUUUAAAGGGAACUGUGGACAUAAAAACUAUUUGCAACAACGAAGAUGUGGAUGUUCCCGAAUUAAUUGAUUAGUUUUUGCUUGUUCUCACCAAUGACGACAACUUCCACUUAGUAAAUAAAAAAAUUUUCGUAUAAUAUUUUUUUUUAAAUAAAAAUCGCAUUGGUUUUAUUUCUUGAAAGGGUAGUAUGUACUCGUUUCUAUGUACGUAUUGUAUGUAUGUAUGUAUGUUUGAAUGUAUGCAUGUUGAUUCUUACAGUACAGUGGUUAUUUCUUCGUACACCUAUUACUACCAGUAAUAGUAAAUGUGUAUGUACUUACAAUAUUACUUGAAAAAAUUUAUUUAUGUUCUUAAUUGGAACGAUUUGUUUGUAUUUAUGCACAUAUACAUAUAAUUAUACAAGUUCAUAUGUAUUGAUUUCGCGUGUUCGAAAAACUCGUUAGUUUUACAAUAUUUUACAUACUACAUACUUAUAAAUCUUUCGAUUACAUGAUGAGUUUGUAUGACGUGCGGUAUAGCCGGUGUUUUUGUUUUUUUUUUUGCUUUGUGUUUUUGCGUUCUGAAUGGCGAAAUAAAUUGUCUCAAAUGCGUUUCAUGUCUGUUUGUAUGCAUUUGUAUGUACAUAUGAUGUAUGUAUGUAUGAUUGCAUGUGAAAUAUCGGAAAUUCUGUGUUAAGUACGUAUGUAUGUAUAUUUUCU